AUGCAGCCCGUUCCGAUCGACCUCCCACCAUUGUCCCCAGGUCUUCGUGUCGCACACAUCGACGACAUCCCUCGCAUGGCCAAAAUCUGCGUGGCAGGCUUCUACACGCCUCCACACCCUGACAACGGCAGCAGCUCCCACACCGAAUUCUUUGGCUGGAGCCGACCCUACUACGCAGAGUAUCCCGAGAAUACAUAUGCGGACUAUGCUGAUGCAAUGCGACGUUAUAUUGCCGAUGCGGGAUGUGUGGUUUUGGUGGCAGAGGACCUGUAUCUCGGACCGAUUGAAGAGCGAGCUUGCGUUGACGACGCGAUCCUUGAUCCUACAGGCAUGAUCAGGGAGAAGGAUCCAGGAGAGCAGGUGGUUGUUGGCGUGGCGGGUUGGCUGGUGGAGGGUCCGGGCGUCGCGAGCUGGGCAUCGGGCCAGGUUUCGGCGUGGGGAAGGAAGAAGGAGGAAGGCGAGCAUCAGAAGGGAGAGCGUGAGGAGGCGCCCUCCACUACAGUGGUGUUGAGUCGAGACAAAGAUCAAUAUCGAACGAAGCUCUGGCAAGAGCAAUGCGCAGCUCCAGUAGCGGAGUACCUGCAGGGCAAGCAGGAAUUGCGCUUCCUGGCUAUGCACCCAGCGUACCAGAGACUAGGCAGAGGGAGCGCACUGGUGGCCUGGGGAACGGAAUUGGCCAGUGCUCGUGGGAAAAGUCAGGGUGUGGUCUCGGGCAGGAGGGGCGAGAAGGUGUAUCUCAAGCACGGCUUCAAGUUGGUGAGGUCCCUGACUGUAGCUGACGAGAGAGGAGAGGAGUCGGUCACGUUGAGCGUAGCUUUGCUGGAGUUUGUACCGGGUCGAUAG